AUGGGGCCCGCCUCAGACUACGAGAUCGUUACCGAGGUCUUCACCAAUCCCGAAUGGACCACCCAACGCACAAUCUGGACCCUCAGUCCAAACAUCUCCUUCUACUACGAUUCGUCGUACAUUGUCACCCUAUCCGACCAGCUUUAUAGUCCCAACGACCCGCCCACCGGCCUCCUCUAUGUCCCCGACCUCAAAGCCGGCGAUCCGUGUAUAAAUCUGACGGCCCCAUACCUCCCUACACACGUUACCAGACUCGCAAAUCUGCCGCCUACGUCAGACCUUCCCACAUACCUGAUUGCCAUCGCGCCAUGGACGACUACGGAGUGCAACACCCACUAUCUCGACGCCAUCCCUUUGGAGAACGUGAAAGGCUUCCUCGUUUUCCAGGGCGGUGGUGUAUUUCAACCCCCAACCGCUGACGACAACGUGUGGAAUUUGGGCAACACCAGCGCAGAUGAGUGGAAAUCGCAAUACACCUUUCCCGUCUUCGCCAUCAGUCCCGAACAAGCCGAGAAUAUUUUGAACGUCAGCGCGCAGUACAGCGGGAACUUGACUGAUGUGCCGAAUGGGCAUCUGUUGACCGAAUCCGGGUUCGACUCGCGAGACUAUGCGCGCUUGUCUCUGACUAUAAAUCCCUCCAAAUCGCACCCACUGCCGAGUCUGUGGAUCUUUGUGCUCGUCGUGUUGGGCAUCUUGCUGGCCAUCAUCUUCCUCACCAGCGUGUUCUUGCAUCUAUUGCAGGCGCGCCGCCGGAACUCUCUCAGACGGCGAGUGGCGAACGGAGAGGUGGAUCUGGAGGCUUUGGGCAUCAAACGCUUGACCGUGCCGCAAGACAUUCUCGAUGAGAUGCCGCUGUACACCUACGGCUCAGGCGAGCCGGCAAAGCAGGAAUCGACGACCGCCAUCACGACCGUCGUGGAGGAAUCGGUCGUACCCAAUAAACUGGACUCGCCUCCAUCCUCGCCUCCUACAUCACCAAGUGUGAGCCCUGCGCCGGCACGGAGGGCGCGAAGAGCGAAGCCCCACGUUCCUACGACCCUCCAACAACCCACCUGCGCCAUUUGCCUGGAUGACUUCGUCGCAGCGCAUGGCGGCACACAAGGCACCAUCGUCCGCGAGCUCCCAUGCCAGCACAUCUUCCAUCCCGAGUGCGUGGACAACUUCCUCCGCGAAAGCAGCAGUCUCUGCCCCAUGUGCAAAAAGACCGCCCUGCCGACCGGAUAUUGCCCUCGCAACAUUACGAAUGCAAUGGUUCGACGCGAGCGCAUGGUGCGCCGCAUCCGGCCCCGAGCAGAAGCCAGCGGCGAAGAGGGCGGCGACGGCGCGGACGGAGGAAGGCGGCGCCCCACGAACGCCCUUGCGCGCCUGUCUACCUGGCGCUCCUCCAACCGCUUGCCCUCGUCGACCCAGGGAGCGGAUCCAGUGGAACUCACCGAGAGACCUCCCGCGGCAACAUUGACUACAGCGCAGCCAACGGACGGCAUCAGUACGCCGCCACCUGUACAGCCUCCGUCGAACUCGCGGAGAAGAGAGUGGGCGCGCCGCCGCGCGGAGGCGAUGCUGGGUCGGAAUCAAGCGCCUGCAGAUCCCGAGGCGGAAGAGGAAAGAGCGACACCUGGGUGGCGGAAGGCUUUACGGAGUCUAUUCCCCUAAACUCCACCACGGACUGGAGGGAAGCAAUUGGAAAUCAUGGUGAACGACGACGAGGACGGCUUGUACAUGCGACGAUGUUAGCGUUGGGUCGGGGUAUUUGAGCGAGGCGCUUGGGUGUAGUUAGGCGAGUUUCUGGCUUUCGCUAUGGGAAAACGAUGCGCUGAUGGAGGCCACGAUCAUGUACAUAUCUUGCGGGAACGAGGAAUGGAUCUC